GCAACUCGCCCACCACCACCCUCCCAUUCCCCAUCUCCCACACACCCCCAACAACAAUGUCCACCCGCGUGCAGCACAACCUCCCCACGCUCCUCCCGCCUGCAAUGUCGCGCUCGUCGUCGUCGUCAACCAUCACCCUCAUCCCCUCCACUCCCCCAGCCCACAAGGACGCCUUCUUCGACUCGCCCCUCGUCGUCACUACCCCCUCGCUGCCCGACUACCCCGUCUUUACUGAAAAAUGCCGCGACCUCUCCGCACUCAAGAUCACAAAGCCCAUCAAGGCCGUCUUCAAGGACGCCCUCGCGGGCCUCGACCGUCCCCUGCGCAUCGUCGGCCUCCUCGCCACCUCGGACUCGGGCUGCCACAUGUACGCCGACAUGACGGCCCGCGCGUGCAAGCAGGCCGAGGUCGUGUUUGACAAGGUCGACCUCUCGGCUGCCGAGGACGACUAUGACGACAGCGCGUCGUUCGCGGCUGUCAGAGCAAAGAUUGUCGAGAUCAACGACGACUUGACGGUCGACGGUCUCAUCGUCUACUUCCCGCUCUUUGACGCCGUACGCGACGCCGAGCUGCGUGCGCUCAUCGCACCUCGUGUCGACGUCGAGGGUGUCCACCCCGAGUCGCUUGAGCGCUCCUACGACCACCCCCCGUCCACCGUCGAGGAGCUCACGGCCAACCCCGCCGCGGCCACCGUCUACCCAUGCACCGCGCUCGCCGUCGUCCGCGCGCUCCAGUCCAACGAGGUUGGCAUCUACAACUCGUACGCGUCGGUCGGAGACCGAUUCCGCGGCAAGACGGUCACGGUAGUUAACCGAUCCGAAACUGUUGGCCGUCCACUCGCAGGCAUGCUCGCCAACGACGGCGCCCGCGUGUAUUCUGUCGACAUUGACUCGACGCAUGUGUACGAGCGCAACGGUGGAGACAGACAUUCCGUGUCUGUCCACCCCGAGGUCAAGCCCUCGCUCGCGUCUCUGCUGGCAGAGAGCGACAUUGUCGUGACGGCCGUGCCUGGGUCUUCAUUCAAGGUGCCCACCAUCGCGCUCCGCCCCGGCGCCAUCUGCAUCGACCUGUCCGAGCUCGGCAACUUUGAGGCCGAUGUGCGCGACCGCGCCGGCAUGUACGCGCCACGACUAGGCUCGGUCACCAUCCUCAUGCUCAAGGUCAACGCCUUUGUGCUGCGAAUGCAGCACCAGUGACUAGACCGGCGUGUUUGACACUUUUGCAUUCGGGGGCGGCAGGCCACCCCGACAACGACAGGACUUGUUGUUCUAUAGACAGAAAGGGCUUGCCCACAUUGCCAGUUGUACUUUCUCACCCACUUCAUCGCAUAUCAUACCCCUAUGGAC